GGUGAGGGGGGGGGGGUGGGGGUGGGGGGGGGGGGGGGGGGGGGGGGAGGGGGGGGGGGGGGGGGGGGGGGGGUGUGGGGGGGUGGGGGGGGGGGGGGGGGGGGGGGGGGGGGGGGGGGGGGGGUGGGGGGGGGGGGGGGGGGGGGGUGGGGGGGGGGUGGGGGGGGGGGGGUGGGGGGGGGGGGGGGGGGUGGGGGUGGGGGGGGGGGGGGGGGGGGGGGGGGGGGGGGUGGGGGGGGGGGGGGGGGGGGGGGGGGGGGGGGGGGGGGGGGGGGGGUGGGGGGGAGGAGGGGAAGUUGGGGGGGGGGGGGGGGGGGUGGGGGGGGUGGGGGGUGGGGGGGGAGAGGGGGGGGGGGGUGGGGGGGGGGGGGGGGGGGGGGGGGGGGGGGGGGUGGGGGGGGGGGGGGGGGGGGUGGGGGGAGGCGUGGGGGGGGUGGGGGAGGGGGGGGUGGUUGGGGGGGUGGGGGGGGGGGGGGGGGGGUGGUGGGGGAGGGGGGGGGGGGGGGGGGUGGGGGUGGGGGGGGGGGGAGGGGGGGUGGGGGGGGAGGGGGG